CUUUCACAUCUCCCACCAGGCCUCAUUCUUCGUCACCUUGUCUCUUUUCCUUUGUGCUUUUGUUCGUGUCUUGCGUCUGUUGUGUCUAUUCUAUUGCUCCUCAGGCUCUUAAUCAACCGGGAUCACCCUCCCUCUCGUCCUGAACCCGGCUCAUUCCAAACCAGUCGCGUGUUCCCUCGCCCAAUUUCCUGGCCCGCGUGUAUCGGAGACCCAUAUCCCUUGCGUCCACACGUCUUCUAGAAACAGCCAACCAACCCACGACCGCUCUUCCUCCCAGAACUCUCUUCGUCCUUCUAUUCCUCCUGCUGAUGGUCAACCCGCCAUGAGGACGGUUCACUCCAGCGGCCUCUGGAGCAUCUGGGUUGUGGUGCCUCGAGGGCAAUGGGCCUGUCAAGCAUGAUGGAGUCCAGACAAGAGCACGUUGCCACGCUCUGUGCUGUCGGCACACUUGGUGUUGCCGCUGCGGGACUGGCACUUGGUACAUCCGAAGGGGAUGCAUACUUGAUCAAGCCGGGCAAGAGGAAGGCUCCCGGCUCCAAUGCUGCCACCCAUUCUCCAAUCUUUCCGGAACAACAACACCCUACGCGUCCUCAUACGUCCCAGCCCGCUGCUUCCCUCCCAGCAUUGUCGGAGAGACUGGAACGUCGGCUGUCAACAUCUAUCUUGAGGAGGAAGACUAUCCGGGCACCUACCCCUUCCGCAGCAACAGAGAGUACCGGUACAGACUCUCGUGAAAGUUCGGUCAGCAGGCAUGGAAUAUUAAGACCUUGGACAUCUGACAGAGAGUCGUCAGCAGACGGGAGGGAACAAAGAACUCCGUCUACCUGGUUGAGACGAAUCUCAAGUCUAUCUCGUCACAGUCGAGGUAGCCCUACCUCAUCUUCAUCGAGAUUAGAUGACUCUCCGGGCCCAUCCCGCACCUCUAUGAACGACCUUGACCAGCCCAACAAGCUCGUCAAGCGUUCGUCCUCAAAGCGAAUGCUUACGAGUGACGGUGUCACUCCGGCUCUUUUGAGACGUCCGGCUACGAGCCACCAAAGAUCAGCAACGCUUUCUGGAAUACCGUACACCCGACCUCUGACAACCGAAUCUACGAGCCUUGAGUCACCGGGUUAUAUUACUAACGAAACCACCUGGCGACCAUUCUUCGAGACGAGCCAUUCGAGGAAGCGGCAUUCCUCUGGAGUACCCCGAGAAGUCGGUGCUCGGACCAUUUCAGCAUCUCAAGGCUGCCCGCCAACCCUUCUGCUCGGAGGAGCCGUAGAGCCUCGAGACUUCACAGAUAUGGACGACCGAAUAUCACAACCGUCUGAUUCCCAGGCGCCUCCGCCAAUCCGUAGGCAUAAGAUUCGCCGGACCUUUGGCUCUGUGCGAAAGGGCAUACCUCCACGCCACUUCACUGAUCCUAUCGUCAGGCUCAAUAAAGAUGAAGCCUAUGGCAGCAUUGUCCCCUCAGCUGCCUUUUCCAAUCUGUCACCAAUGUCGAAUGUUUCCACUUUUGAGGUUGAUUUGCCUCAUGGUACCCCUGUCUUCAAUUCGAGCCCCCCCUCGUAUGGUCCCCCUCAAAACCGAUUUACUAUAGCCAAACGCAUAUCCGUCGCUCCUUCAGAUCCAACCACGGCCAGCUCUGACAAUGAUACCAGAGUGUUUACGGACGAUGAUUCAAUGGACUUCCAAAGCGAUACUGCGUAUGACUCACUAGCCACGCGAGCGACAGCCAGCAGUCAUUCGGGUUUCCGUCAACCUAAAAUAGAAACGAUUUUUGAUGAGAUAUCAGUUGACCAGCCGGCGGAGACAUCCGCCAUAGAAGAAUUGAUGCAACGAGCUACGUUAGAUGAUGCACAGUCAAUCCAACGGGAUGCAGGUCAUGGACAAUCUUCCAAUAUCGGUAUUGGCAUUAGUGGGCUUGAAGCCCAAGGGGAGAUGCAAAACUUCAGUCCGGACCAAGCAUCCACUCCAGUCAAAAGCCCCACAGCAGAAGUGGACGAUUUUGUUUUAACGCCAGUUCCGAAGAGAAAAUAUCGUGAAGCUGUUGUUUUGGGUUCUUCCCCCCCUUCAGCACAGCUCUUUCCACGACCUCGGGACGUCGAACCGGAACUUCCCCCCAUGAUGGAUAUUGACGAUGAAGAUGACAUCGACUGGUCGCCCAAAUCUGCCAGUGAUAGGAACCAAACGGCUACGAAGGAGCUGCCUUCGAGCCCAAUCCAGAGCCGCUUCGAGCAGCCUUCGGAAGACGACUUUGAUGAACAACAUUCUACCAAGAGAUCUUCCAUUUUUGACUGGUCGGAACACCCCAAAUUCGGCAGCGACCAGUCAAAUGGAAUCAAUCCUCGGCCGCAAACCGUGCAUGGUAAGCAAGGGAGCCAUGUUGGGAGGAGUCGGGCUUCUGGACGGAAAAACAAUGCAGCCAUGCACCUCCGCAGUCAGAGUGUUCCGGUCGUCAACCGUGACAGUGUGUCGGAAACUGAUACGCCAUCGUCAGCCACUAAGUUUGGUACAUGGGCUCUGGGCAGUAAGCCUGUAAGCGAGGAAUGGAGCGAUGACUUUGAGUUUGACGACGCUGAUGUGGGCGAAGAAGCCCCGGGGACCGCAGCAGAUGAGAGCAAAGCGAUGAACCGGGAGUCGAUCCGAAGCGUCAAGGUUCCCCAGUCCAUCAUUGAUCGGCAGCAAAGUGUCCACGUACAAUUCGGCCAAGUUCGGGAUUUCAUGUUACUAGUUGAAGAGCUUAAGAGACUGCGUCUUCGCGGUGCCACCCUCGGGCUUCUGGAAAGUCAUUCGCGACAACUGUGGGAAGAUGCUGGGAGUAUCAUUGACCUGGCUACCGUGAACGAGGAUGAUGAAGCCCUCCCGCGGGUACCUUCACCGGUAUCAUCGGACAUAUUUGGAGACGAGACCCCUCCACCCAAGCGGACCGUCGAUGACGAAGAUGGACGACUAACGAGCAGACGAUCCAUCUCGAGUCCAGCAACACCUCCAUACGGCCGGCCGCGCGGAGAAAGCGUGCAGGCCAAGAAUUUUCUGCAAGCCAUUCACCAGAAUAGAAGGGAGGCAGAAGCCUCACUUGCUGAGGAAUCAAUCCGUGGUCGUGGCCGUGACCGUGAUAAGCUCCCCUUCGACACGCAGGACUUGAGAGAUCUGGUGGUGAGAGCAGGCGUGAUCACCCGGGCACUGAAGGAGAUUGUGCGGAAAGCAGAAGGCGUAUCGUUAAGCCCCGAGCGCCCUGCGCAGAAAUUCCAGGAGCCAGUAUUCCGGCAGAUAUUUGACCCGCCAAACUCAUCACCCAGUCCAGAGUCAAGGAAGCCAGGCCUCCCGAAGAGCAGGAGUGCAAACAGCUACCUUGACACGGUGGACGCAUCGGCAGAUCGCGAGAUUUCACAGCCACUGAACUUCACCAAGGUUGUGGAAGCUAACUGAAAUCGGGAAACGAAACGAUAUCGGAUUCCCCUUAUUUCCUUGUGCAGCAUUUGUACAGUACGACGGCACGGCGUUUAUGAUCAAGCUCGGACUAUCGAAUUGGAUGCAUGGGGAACGGCGCAUGUCGUUAUCAUCAGCAUUUGGGGUUUGGGCAUUGGAAACCAAAAAAGCAAAAGUGGGAAGGACCAAGGACAAGGACAAGAGCAAGACCGAGGGUUUUUGUAAUAACUGGACGGGAGAAACGUGCAUUGCACGAACUUGGGCACUGACACUGUGAUGGAUACGCAUUAUGGACGGCUUCUCUUUUUUUUGUCACGAUUCUCAUGGAGGAGUUUGACUGGUCGCAGCGAUCUCCCAUGCAAAAGUCCUGUGGGAGGUCAGCUGUUCCCGUUCUUCGAGUUCUCCGUUUCCAUGCACAAAGCAUUGAAUGCACUAACAAAAAGCAAAGCAAAGACACGAGCGGCAAAGGGGCAACGAGCAAAGUAUGAAUGGUUUGUAGCGGGCCAUUUGUUUAGGUCUUGAAAUGAAUGAAUUGGGCGGACGGGGUCUGCUUGCUCGCUUG